GAUCGACUUAAGACGUCGCUCGAGCACCCUCUUGUUCAGUCUCAGUAUCAGUGUCAUCAGUGACGUCUGUGAAGUGAAUUUUAUUUUUUUAUUUUUUUUUUAAUUAAAAAAAUAAGACAAUUUUUAUUUAAAAAAUUGGACAAUUUUUAUUUUAAAAAAACAUGACGAGCUACGCGUGUUUCCAACAGUACGAUCUCCUAGACUCAGAAGGUUACGGCUCGGCGAGCAGCCCCGAGUCGAACCCAAGGUCCUACAGACCCCCUCAGGCCCCGGAAUGCUACCCCCAACCCCCUCGGUCAAGGGGCAGCAGCUGUGACAGCUUAAGUUCCGUUGAUAGUCAGAAUCAUCAAGAGUAUUUCCCGAAUUUGGGCGGCGGGUUUAAUUUUACUGAAUUUUACGAAGGGUACAACCGCGAGGCUGCUAAGUGUGACCAAAUUUACGACCCCUUCAAGCCUUUGCCCUCCAAAGAGAGCCAACACAAGCUUAAUUUCAACUGCCGGACGGAGUUUAAUUGCUCUGUUGAUGAGAAUUAUGAUUUGGGCUACCUAGAGGUCAAACCUCACCCCGUUCUUCAGCAGAAAGUUAACAAUGGAAAUUUAAAUGUUAAUCUAAAUGGAAAUGCCAAUGGUAGUGAGUUCUCUUCUAAGAAUUUGUACAACCAAACUUUGAACCCGGAGCAAAAUUUAAACUAUCAAUUGGAAAACUACCAGGGGAAAAAUGAAUUGGAGCAGAGCAGAAUUAAGUGUCAGGUUCAGAGGUAUCGGAGGGACAGUGAAGCUUCCUUGAGCCCCUCGCCGUACCCGGGUCAGAGAAUCAAGGAAACUCUGCAGAAGAUGAAGAAUUCAGCGCCUGGGAUUGAGGUAAUGAGGAAAAGAAGACUUGCUGCGAAUGCCAGGGAGAGGAGGAGGAUGAACAGUUUGAACGACGCUUUUGAUAAGUUGAGGGAUGUUGUACCUAGUUUGGGGAACGACAGGAAGCUCAGCAAGUUUGAAACUCUUCAGAUGGCACAGACUUACAUUUCUGCGCUAUAUGAACUUCUUCAGCGCGACUGAUAAAGGAGGAUUUGGAGAGACUUUAAUAAGUGAUUCUUUUUAACAGA